AUGCUCACAAAUUUCCCUCUCCAACUCGCAGCCAAACACGGCGGCGAUGUUUCCAUCGACAAAACGCAAAUCAUCAAAUGCAAAAUCUCACACCGUCGGUUGUUUCCAAAGAAGCACCGUUUUGCCUAUCCGUACUUGUCGGUGGGCAUCCCCGUGCGUUCUCCCACGUCCAACUGGUUGCUCUCCGUCAACACCGCAUCAUGGUGGGCAAGGGGCUGGCUUCACGUCUCGCCCAAGGACCAUUUAAACCGCGGACGGGACGGGGCCACCCUCUCUGAGAAUAUCGACGCAUACCUACAACUAGAGGGCCUCAACCCAGCCGACUUUCCCUACGUGUACCUCCUUACUUCGCCUCGCUUCCUGAACUACGCAUUCAGCCCGGCCUCGUUUUGGUAUCUCUACACGGCAGACAUGAGUCUCAAGUACGUCGUCGCAGAGGUCAACAACACGUUUGACGAGCGGCGCAUGUAUUUAUUUCCGGCCUCUGGGAACGCCGGCGUGUUCAGGCAGACCCUUGGCAAGGACUUUCACGUGUCCCCGUUUAACUCUAGAAAAGGGGCGUACACGCUCUCUACUCUGAAUCCCGCUGACGAGGGGGAAAUCUCAGUCGCAAUCACGUUGCGCUCUUCCAAAGGCCGUCCUAAACUGGUGGCUCGUUGGUGGUCAGUCACGCCUGCGAUAGAUCCGGAAAUGCUAUCGACAAUCCAGGCGCUAUGGCUUCUUAUAUGUUGGGGCUCCAACGUUCUCACAACAUUUCUGAAAAUCCUAUUCCAGGCAAUCUUGCUGGCUCGGGUCCGCAAGCUGGAGAUUUGGUACCGUCCAGAACCGAGUCCGUCGGCUGUACCACGACGACCAACGGUCACAGAAACCUUUCUGCAGUCCAUCUUUGUCCAGUACAUGGAGUAUAUUGUCAACACGGCACCUGGCAAAUACGGAGUAUUAACUCGUCUUGAGGAGCAGGACGGGGAGAAGUCGUGUUCCCGCAGCUACAGUCUUUUACAGCUGCGUGUCAGCCAGCAACCUUCCCACGAGGUGCUCAGUCUCAGAGUCCACACCCCGCAGUUCUAUCGGCAGUUAAUCACGUACGGGACGCUAUCCGACUACCUGUCUUACACGUUGCUUCAUCCGCACGAGGAAAAUCACACGGCCUGGUCCAGUGACGCCCAGGCUCUUAUUCGUGCAAUACAGAACUGCGAAUCGGCCGCCAGUAGGCAGGUGCCCAGACAGAGGCCGCAUAUUCAGAGUGUUCUCGUCAAGACACUAUUUGCUAUAUCCCGACAAGUCCGGUGCGUUCGGCCGCUGCGGGGAUGCUAUCCCGACCAUGGCCUUCCGAGUGCACGGGAAAAUGCGAAAACUCAGCAUAACUGCCGGGCCUUGAGUGUGCAUGGCGGCCCUUGCUUUCUGGAUGAGUUUGUUCGCGAAAACUGCAGUCUUUGGCUACAAGUCCAAUACAUCCUAGCAACUCUGCGCCUUCAGUGGAGGACCUGGGCGAUGAAUUUCAUAGGGGGCGAAUGA